AUGAAGUACCCUCUGGUGCCGCUGGUGAACGACCUCACGUUUUCUUUCCUGGUGUUCUGGCUCUGCCUGCCCGUGAGCUUGCUGUUGGUCCUGCUGAUCGUCUGGCUCCGCUUCUUACUGAGCCAAGAUUCAGAGGAAAAUGACUCAGAUAUAUGCUUUGACUGGGAGCCCUGGAGCAAAGCCCCAGCCCAAUUUUGCUGGGAGGGGACACUCCAUAGCUAA